AUGAGCUUCUACAGCAGCUACUCCAGAGGCCUGGGCUGUGGCUUUGGUGACUUUGGUGGUUAUGGCUAUGACUCUGGUUGUGGCCACCACCAUAGACUAGGCUGUGGAUACAGGUCUCACUGUGGAGACUGUGGAUACGGCUCUCACUGUGGAGGCUGUGGAUACAGGUCUCACUGUGGAGACUAUGGAUACGGCUCUCACUGUGGAGACUAUGGAUGCGGCUCUCACUAUGGAAGCUUUGGACGUGGAUCUGGCUUUGGGAACUCUGGACGUGGAAUUGGCUCUGCAAGCUAUGGAUAUGGCUGCUGCCGUCGUCCAUCUUGUUAUGGUGGAUUUGGCUUCUCUAGCUUCCACUGA